AUGGAUCUUGACCCUCUUCAUCAUUUCCUCGGCAUUUCCAUCGUCCAAAAUGACAAAGGCACAUUCCUUCAUCAACAGAACUAUGCGGCGGACAUUCUUCAUCGAGCCCACAUGACUGAGUGUAACCCUUGGCUCACUCCGGUUGAUACUAAGGCAAAGCUUGCUGAAAUCAACUUUGACAGUCCCCCGGUUAAGGAUCCUACUAUAUAUCAGAGUCUCGUUAGUGCACGUCAAUAUCUUACCUUUACACGCCCGGACAUAUCGUAUGCUGUUCAGCAAGUGUGUCUCUUUACGCAUGGCCCGCGUGGGGUUCACUUAAAUGCCUUGAAACACAUUCUUCGUUACCCAUUUCGCAUGGACUCCAGCUCUACCAUUCCUCUCCUACGACUAUGGUUGCUUACUCCGACGCUGACUGGACAGGCUGUCCAUCCACAUGGCGAUCUACGUCCGGUUACUGCGUCUUUAUCGGCCCCAACCUUAUCUCUUGGUCAGCAAAACGUCAACAUACGGUCUCCUGCUGAGGCAGAGUACAGAGGUGUUGCCAACGCUGUUGCUGAACUUGCGUGGCUUCGCAAUUUGUUUAUGGAGAUGCGGGUCCUGGUACCAAAAACUUCACUUGUGUUUUGUGAUAAUGCUAGUGUUGUUUACCUUGCCUUUAAUCCCGUUCAGUAUCAACGCACCAAGCAUGUGGAGAUUUCCAUCCAUUUUGUUCGUGAAUGUGUUGCCCUUGGUUAUAUCAAGGUUUUUCAUGUUCCUUCAUCCCUCCAGACAAUUUCACCAAAGGGCUGCCUACUACACUCUUCCAGGAUUUUUGGUCCAGCCUAA